UGGACUGUACAGUCCCAGGGUGUGGUGCCAGCGUCGUGAAUGUCACACGACAUCUCGCCGUCAAGACCCCUGCCCACUUGGCUGUUGACGUGCAGGAUUAUAUCCCUGUACGUGAACCAGCCAAGCGUCAGUAUGGGGGCAGACGGGUCUGUUCCAUUUGCGGCGUUGACACCAUACGCCUGGACCUGCAUCUUGUGCGUUGUCACGACAUGACACGCACAGAUGCAGACUACAAGAAGGCCUGUGACGAGUCGGCGGCCCAUGUUUACGUGAGUGAGGAGAAGACUCACCUGCAACACUCCAUUGUAGAUUAUGGAAAAUCUCUCUCUGAUCGAGCGACGGGUUCCAAAAAGUCGCUGGGGACCACGCAAUCCCACACCUGUGCCAUAAAUUUUUUCUUGGACAGCUUGUCCAAGGGAGCCAUUGAUGGUUUAGAAAGAAUUGGGGAGGCCAAUGGUCUCAUUGACCAGCAGCUCCAGGCCAAAAAAAUCCAACCAGAGAGCAUGAAGGCCUACCUUCAUAGCCUGGCCAACUACCUGAGUUACCUCUCCGGAUCCAGCAAAUGGAUGAGGCACAUUCAAUACACACCCAUCCAGCUGCUCACACUAGUCAACAAGUUAAAAAAUAUGGCCAAGUCCCUCAAAGAGGAUAUAAACAAGAGACUAGUUGAAAGACAGGCAGCCGGGGAAUUAGACAUUGCCAUAGAGGGAUGGAUGGUGGGCUCCUACUUGAGCGGAGACCGCCAUUCAUUCCUCCACAACAUCUUGGAGGAGGCAGGCACAAGAGCGUUAACGCAACCCGAACAGCUGGAAGUGCGUAAUUGUCUGAUGACCCUGCUCAUCUUGACCAACGCCAAGAGAGCAGGGGACAUUACGCACCUCACAAGAGACCAGGUGGUGAAGGCCAAAUCGGCCAAGGGAGAGGAUGUAGAACUCUUGGUGUACGAACACAAAGAGGCGAAAUCCGGGAAGAAGUGCCCAAUACGGGUCACGGCCGAGGUUUUGGCUUUUCUACAGAAAUUUGGCAAACAUGUAAUGAACAACACCACUUACAUGUUUGUCACCAAGACUGGAACGCAAAUUUCAUCCUCGUCCAUGUCCAAGAUGGUCAAUGCCGAGUGGCAGAAGUUUGGCAAGUCCAUUGGCAAGGACUUGCCAAAGUUAACAGCCAGCUUGAACCGCAAGCUGGCUGUUACUACCAUGCGCGAGGCAGGAGCCAACCGCCAGGAACAGACGGCUUUGGCCAAACACAUGGCCCACAACCCGGAGACAGCAGACCGAUUUUACGACAAGAGUCGGCGUACCAGCGACCGACAUGCUGCUCUGGACUUUGUUCAAGGACAGUAUAAGCAAGCGUUUCAGGAAAAAGAAACAAAUGUUUAAAUAAGGAAAUUUCAAAUACCUUUCAACUUUUAAAUUAUUACAGGAGCCAAAUGUUUAAUUAAGGAAAUUUCAAAUACCUUUCAACUUUUAAAUUAUUACAGGAGCCAAAUGUUAAAUUUAUUAAACUUUCAUGCAAUCCCUAACAUCAAACUUUUUUGUACCCAAAUCCAUUUAUUUUACCUAUUCAAGAUUAUAUAUCAGGCACGAAUUACUUGUCAGUAUUCUUUAUCUUAUUCAUUUUACUUCUUCCUGAAACGCUUGUUUGUACUAUGACACCCCUUGUUAUUGCUUUAGUGUGUUUAUUUGUUUUAAAACCUGUUUAUUUCAUGUUUUGUGUUUUUAAUGCAUGGGUUUGUUACAUUUAUUUCGUUAAUUACUGUGCUUAGUAUAUCUUGUGAUAUUGUUAUAAGUUCGAUAUUUCAUAUUCUUUAAUGUAACGGAUCAUUCCAAACUACUGAAAGACAUAACUUUAGUUACUUCAAAAUUCAAUUUCUACAGGGGUAAAAUAUAAAAUCAAUUAACCUUUCAUUUUAUAAGAUCAAACGUCUUUAUCCAAAUGUACUUUUUUUUUUUACAUAUUCCACAUAUCAAAUCAUAGAUUUUCGCUUUUCGCUUCUUAUUUCGGAUAUGACAUCCCUUGUAAUUGUUAUAUUGUGUGCAUGAUGUUUACAACCUUUUUUACAAUUGUUAAAUGUUUUAUUUCCGUUUUCAUUCCAUGUGUUUGUUAUAUUUAGUUCGUUAAUUGUUGUGCUUAUUUUAUCUUGUGAUAAUGUUAUGAAAUCUAAAUUAUACAUACUUUAAUGUAACGGAGCAUUCCAACCUACUGAAAGACAAAACUUUUGUUACUUCAAAUUUCAAUUUCUACAGGGGUAAAAUAUAAAAUUAAUUCACCUUUCAUUUUAUAAGAUCAAUCGUCUUUAUCAAAAUGUACUUUUUUACAUAUUCCACAUAUCAAAUCAUAGAUGAGUUACUGUAGUGCUUUUCAAUAGUGGUUAUUUUAUUCAUUUCACUUCUUAUUUCGGCUAUGACAUCCCUUGUUAUUGUUAUAUUGUGUGCAUGAUGUUCACAACCUUUUUACAAUUGUUAAAUGUUUUAUUUCCGUUGUUAUUUCAUGUGUUUGUAAUAUUAUUUCGUUAAUUGUUGUGCCUAUUGUAUCUUGUGAUAAUGUUAUAAAAUCUAUAUUCUAUAUACUUUAAUGUAAUGGUUCAUUUCAACAUACUCCAAGGUUUAAUUGUACAUGUGUUUGUAUUCUUUCAAUAUAUGUAACCAAGUAAUAUGUAGAUAAAAAAUUACGUUCACUGUCUCACAUUUUUAUGAUCCAUAGCCUCGUGCAAUUUAUCUAUUUGUUGAAAAUAUAUUUCCACGUUUCUUUGCAUUGUUUAUUCUUUUAGUUUUGUUGCAUUUAUAUACCUCACCUAUACAACAAAUAUACAAACAAAAAAGGAGGGUGGGUUGAUUGUGUAUCUUCAUUAGUCACUUAAUUAGUUAAUAUCAUUUACCUUUUCUACUUUGUUAACAUGCUUUUGGUGUUAUAUGAAAUAAAUGUUCAAUUGGUCAAGUAGCCGAUCACAUACCGUAUAUUUCACUUUUUUUCUGUAUUCAUACGCAACUCAUUCAUCCCAGUAGUACCGAUAUCAUAUUAAUAAUCUCCCUAUGUUCUCUUGCAAAUGCAAUCAUAUGUUAUUACCCAAUCACCUAGUUAUAAGGUUAUUUUUCGGUAAUUUUUGUCAUUUUUUUCAUUGCGACGAACUAAACUCUUCUUCGCACAUUCAGUUGCCUUCUUGAUAAGGUGUAUUUGUUUUAUUAAACCAAGAAUGGCCUCAAUUUUCCCUGAUCAUGAUUCAUUAUUUGAAAAUCUUAAAAACUCUAUAGACAACUUCUCCCAAAAAGGGGAAAGUUAUUUUAAUUGGAGACUUUAAUGCCUGGGCUAGAGAUGUGUUUCAUUAUAUCGAACUAGACCACAUUUCACAUAUAGAUAAUAAUUAUCUUCCAACAAACUACUCUGAAAAUGACCCAUUAAUAUAAAAAAGAAGAUGCGGUAUUAUUGCCAAUGAAACAACUAUCCACAGAAGACCAAAAUGACACAGACAUUAACAACUGUAGGUCACCGUAAGGCCUUCAAUAAUGAGCAAAGUCAAUACCGCAUAGUCAUCUAUAACAGGCCCCGAUAAGACAAUGUAAAGCAAUUCAAACGAGAAAACUAACGGCCUUAUUUAUGUAAAAAAAAAUAAACGAAAAACAAAUAUGACACAUAAACAAACGACAACCACUGAAUUUACAGAUGUAACCAUAAGACAAAACAAGGAUACAACUGUAAAUGAUCAAUGCAAAUAUAGUAUUGAUCUUUGUUUCGAGUCAAAAAUAAGAAUUCUU